AGCCCGCCUCAGACUGCUUCUAAUACUCCUCUCUCGCUCUGAUUCCCAAACCCUAGAUACUAUUCUGUGUUGCAGCAGCGCAGGCAAAGGUCAGGGCACAGAUAGAAGCAACCAUCUCAGAUCUUAUUUUCACAAGUUAAAGAAAGAUGUCCGUUAGCGAGCUUGCUUGCACUUACGCUGCUCUUAUUCUCUUUGAUGAGAACAUCCCCAUCACUGCAGAAAAGAUUUCAACAUUGGUGAAAGCAGCCAAUGUGCAAAUUGAAUCAUACUGGCCAGGCUUAUUUGCUAAGCUUGCUGAGAAGCGCAAUAUUGAGGACCUCAUCAUGAAUGUUGGCUCUGGUGGUGGUGCUGCUGUUGCUGUUGCUGCCCCAGCUGGUGGUGCACCUGCUGCCUCUGAUGCUCCCGCCGCUGAGGAGAAGCAGGAACCAGUUAAGGAGGAAAGUGAGGAUGAAGACAUGGGAUUCAGCUUGUUUGAUUAGGAGCUCCUUUCAGAAUGCACAAGUCCUCUGCUGCUUUUAGUGGUUUAAAGAGUACAAUUUUUGCACCAUAUUGCAGUUUUUUGUCGUUAUAAAUAUUUUAUUGGUGAUGUAAGACUUUUUAGAGAAUCCUGUAUUUUUAUCUUCAUGACCUGAUGGUGCUUCUAGAUAUAAUAGAAGUUUUUUAGAUGAGUUUUGAUUCUUA